CGACGACCAUCCACCACGAAGAGUCGCACGACCUGUUCCUCCUGCGCAGGGCCUCGCACGGUAAUAGGAAACAUGUCGGCCGCUUCAGAGCCCAAGGGUCGGCACAGUGUCACUCUGGGAAGCUCAAUGACCGAUGUACGGAGCGCAGAACAGCACGUAGGUCUGCGAUUCAACUUCCAGCCAGGCACGAUGGACCGCGCAAGAGCUGGAUAUCUGUCUGGAGGCCCGGAAGAAUAUACGGUCGCUGUGCCCAAUACAAGCGAUACAGGCUCGGACCACAUCUUUACCGGUGCUGCCCAGUCUACAAAGGACCUUGAUUGUGUGCUCAUCUAUGACGAAGCGACUUCUUCAUACAGGCUAGAACACUUUGACGGCAUUGUCAGGCUAGAUCAUCAACGCGGCAAGUCUGGACACCGCAAGACGGCAUCGACAGCAUCUCUGGCAUCGCCCUUUGUCCCGUACAACAUCGUCGGCAGCUCGCCUGCGCAUCUUCCUUCAUCUCCAGGAGCACAGAACAUCACCUCCGCGCCAAACGCGGCCACAGGUCUAGCUUCAUCGCCGGCCCCACCUGCCGUGGCGACACCAGCUGCUGCGCACGAUGAUCUAGAUGACGAUGCACCUGCCGAUGAAGUGCAUGAUAAGAAAGGACGGGCUAUAGAACUACAGCAUGGUAGACGAACCGCCACCUCUACACCGCCUCCCCGUAUACGUCUGGAGACUGCGGCAAAAACAUCCGGAGUGGCCGAUCCGCCUGAGUCUGCAGCAAAGCCAACAAAGGGCACGGCUCAGGUCAAGAAGACUGCUCCUGCAAAAGCAAAGGCCAAGGCGCAGCCUAAACCAAAGUCGAAAGCAAAAACAAAGGCUCCAGUCAUUGCUGCUCGUCGUGCGGACAUCAUGGAAGACGAGCUUGAUUAUGGCGAUGAUUCUGAUGAAGGUACAAUGCCAGUCGAUGCCUCUAGCAAGUCUGCGCCUGCAACAGAGAUUGAAGAAGAUGAUGACGAUGAUGAUCUCGAUGACCUUGCAAAUAUGCUCGAGUCCACGCUGGAAGAGUCACCGCCUGACACCGGACUUGCUACUGCCCCCGCCGACGAAAGCAGUGAGGACGAAGACUGAGCCAUUUCUUGUAUUGAGCCUUUGGUAUUGGCGUCUGUUUUUCUGUCUUGACAUUGGUUGUACACAUUUCUUUAUUUCUAGUCAACGUCUUCAUUCU